AGGCGAUAUAGCGACAACGGCAGAGUGCGUGAGUGUACGUGAGCUCACGCGCGCGUGUGUGUGUGUGCGUGUGUGUGUGCGUGCGUGCGCGCGCUAACACAGCAGAUAGCCAGCGCGCGCGUCGUCGUCGUCGUCGUCGUCGCCACCACCGCCACCGCCACCGCCGUAGCUGUAGCCGUAGCCUUCGUCGUCCCGCCACCCGGCGUAAUACGAAACGCGGUGGUGCACGCGCCGCCCGGGCAGAAACGGCGAAAACGGGCGCGCGCUUACGGCGAGCAAAUAUAGAGGUAGUAUACGCGGGCGGUACGGGGCGGGGUCUGGACCGCCGUGGAGAAUUUCGCGCGCGCGCGCUCGUACGGUCGCUUGACGGCAGGGCGAAAGCUAGCGGCACGCACCAUCAGCACCACCGACAGCGACGGCAGCAGCGGCAGGACCAGCGUCGGGAGCAGCCAGCCGGCGGUUGGAACGGCAGUAUUGUGGUAGUGGCGCGUUUGGACGUGUGUGUGUGUGUGUGUGUGUGUGUGUGUGUGUGUGCGUGUGAAAGAGAGAGAAAGAUAAAAAGCUCGCGCGUGCGUGAGUGUGUGGGUGUGUAUGUGUGUGUGGCGGCGCGCGCCAAAGACGUUCCGCCGAGUACAUAGGGACAGGUUUUCGUACACAGUCGUACCGAGGAUACCGCUGUCGCAAUACCGCAACGAAAACAGCUCAUCAAUAUAAUAUUAUUAUUAUUAUUAUUAUACGGGCAUCCCAUAACAAUAUAUUACUACGUUUCCGUGGACGAGACGUCGUCGUCGUCGGCUGCCGUCGUAUCACACUAGCUGCCUUCACCUCAGGAACUGGCUCCCAUCCGUUGAACGGUCGCGGACGCUCGCUGCCGCCGCUCUCUGCAGGGCCGCUGCGAGGUUUUGCCGUCUUAGUUUUUUUCCGGCACGUGCCACACCGACCACGGACGGCACUGUUCCGGUCCACCGCCACCACCGUUGAAAUGGACGCGACGGUCGGCCACCGUCCCGCGGAUACCCAUCGGCGCCACAAAACCGGCGACAGACUCGGCGACCAGCAGCUGGUAUACGGCCGUCAGCGACGACAGGACGACGGACGUCAGAAUGAGCCACUGAUCGUUGUUGGCCACAACGCGUCCUGUUGUUGAUAGGAGACCGGACAUCGACGACGAGGACGGGUCGCGCGCGCCACCGCAACCGCCGCCGCUGAAUGGGACAUGGGAAUACUCCCGUAUCUGCUCAUCGUCUACCUGAUCAUUGCAGAAACGCUAUGCGGACCUCACGAGAAGCGAUUGCUCAACGAUUUAUUAGACCCUUACAACACACUAGAGAGGCCAGUAGCUAAUGAAUCGGAGCCACUUCAACUUAGUUUUGGCCUUAUGCUCAUGCAAAUCAUAGAUGUGGAUGAAAAAAAUCAGCUGUUGAUUACCAACAUGUGGUUAAAAUUGGAAUGGAACGAUGUCAACCUCAGGUGGAACCACAGUGACUAUGGUGGUGUGAAGGAUUUGAGAAUACCACCGCAUAAGAUAUGGAAACCAGAUAUGCUCAUGUAUAAUAGCGCUGAUGAAGGUUUCGACGGCACGUACGCAACCAACGUGGUGGUCAACAGCAAUGGUAGCUGUGUGUUCAUACCCCCGGGUAUAUUUAAGAGCACGUGCAAGAUCGAUAUCACGUGGUUCCCCUUCGACGAUCAAAAAUGUGAUAUGAAAUUUGGCAGCUGGACAUACGAUGGAUUUCAGUUGGACCUUCAACUCCAAGAUGAUCAUGGAGGAGAUAUCAGUGGUUUUAUUACUAAUGGUGAAUGGGACCUGCUUGACGUUCCCGGAAAGCGCAAUGUGAUCUACUACAGUUGCUGCCCCGAACCGUACAUAGACAUAACGUUUUCCAUCCUAAUUAGAAGGCGCACAUUGUAUUACUUUUUCAACCUGAUAGUCCCGUGCGUGUUGAUUGCAUCUAUGGCCGUACUAGGAUUUACUCUACCGCCGGACUGUGGCGAAAAGCUAUCUCUAGGUGUAACGAUUCUCCUGUCGUUGACCGUUUUUCUAAACAUGGUGGCCGAGACAAUGCCGGCUACUUCGGACGCAGUUCCUCUUUUAGGAGUGACAAUCCUCCUAUCACUGUCCGUAUUCUCACUCAUGAUAGCCGAUGCCUUACCACAAACAUCUGAAGCUAUCCCCUUACUAGGUACUUAUUUCAACUGUAUCAUGUUCAUGGUUGCAUCGUCAGUCGUGUCCACAAUCAUGAUUCUGAAUUAUCAUCACCGUAAUGCGGAUACUCACGUCAUGUCCAAAUGGGUGAAACUCAUGUUCCUGGUGUGGAUGCCAUGCUUGUUGUGCAUGAGCCGACCUGACCGCGACGAGCCACCCAGCAAUGGGAACAAGUCGUCGGACUCCAAGAACAAGUCGGCGGCGUCGUCCAUCCACCACCUACCAGACCUGGAGUUCCGGGCCAAGUCGUCCAGGAGCCUACUGGCUAACGUGCUCGACCUGGACGACGACCUACGCUCGUCCACCCGGAGCUACCCGGGAGCCCGGAGCCAAGUGGCGCCGAUGCCCGAGCACGUGAUGGUCGAACAGCAGCAGCAACAGCACGCGAUGUUGACAGGUGGCGGCGGAGCGGCGUCGGCGGUGGCCGCGGCCUCGUGUCUGGGGCCGCACCGCGAGCUGUCGCUCAUCCUCAAGGAGCUCCGAGUGAUCACGGACAAGCUGCGCAAGGACGAGGAGGACGAGGAGACCACCAACGACUGGAAGUUCGCGGCCAUGGUGGUCGACCGCAUGUGCCUGUACAUAUUCACAUUCUUCACGGUGGCCGCCACCAUAGCGGUACUCAUGUCCGCGCCGCAUGUCAUCGUCACGUGAUCGCGCCACCGACGUCAUCGCAUCCGGUUCCGGCUUCUAUACAUAGAUUUUGUUAUAUAUUACAAUAUAAAACGGUUGCGGCGGAGCAGCCAUAUUAGAUUGUAUGACGACCACAUCUGAAGUCGCGUCGAAAAGUGGCAUGUAGAAAUCGGUGUGGUACCGUUUUAAAUAUAAUAUUAUACGCAUACGCAUACGAGAUAACUAUAAUAUUAUUAAAAAUUAUUAAAUAAUUAUUAAAUACUCCUCCUAAUAUCUAACAUUAUUAUAACUAUUAUAAUUUUUUUCUUGAAACUACUUCUUUUCUAAUGAUGGUUAACUAAAGUAUAUAUAUCUAUAAAUAUAUAUCUAUUUGGUUUACUGUAUGUAAUAAUAAUAAUGAUAUAUAUUAAACUGCCCCUGCUCCUUGAAACGAAUUAAUGAACGCACAAAAAUAAUUUGAGUAGAUCGUACAUUAUUAACGUUUAAAUCUGUUCCAUGAAAUAUUAAACCGGACACGUAAAACAUAAUAUUAUUUACACCAAUAAUAUUAAAAUAAUAUAUCCACGCAAAUAAUAUUUCAAAAACGAACAUAAUAUUUUAUACAAGGAAUUAAAAUAGGUAUAUUUAUACUAUAAUAUAACAAACCAAUUAUUGAAUUUACUACAAAGUUGGUACCUAUACCUACGUUUCGGUGUACGAUAUUGUCACAUUUUUAAAAUAUAUUUGUUAACUUUUUGCAUAUUUUCAUGAAACCGGAAGAGUUAUAGUUGAAUUUGAUGUAGAUAAAUUGCCAUGCGAAUAUAUUAUAUUCGUUUAUUCAUUUUUUUCGUCUUAUUUAAGGAAUAAGGGCACUUAUCAAAAAAAAAAAAUUCCUAUUUGACAUCGGAAGUCUCAUAAUAAUAUUAUACACAUUCUAGAAUCGAUAAAUUUUUAAUUGUCACAGCGUCGUAAAACCAACAACAUGUCGUGACACUAUUAAGUUUUAAAUUCAGUAAUUAUUACUAUAACGAUAUAUUAUCAUAUAUAACUGGACAUCGAGAUACAAUAUUAAAUUUUCUAUUUCUAAUUUCCAAAAAUUAGAUUGAACUAAAAUUUUUAUUUACCUAGCUUAGUAUAAUAGUGAUAUUGUAUUUUCACAUAAAUUCUCUUAUUUCAAAUUAUCUAACUUCUAUUGCAUAAUAUUGAUAAUAUUUUUAAUUACUGAUAUUGGGUUCCUUAAUAUUAUUGAUUUAACUGUGAAUAGUUUGAAAUACAAAUUCGAUUUUCACACCAAUGUUAACACAUUUUGCCUCGAACCGUCAACAAUAUAUUUAGUUUAUUAUCGUUAAUAAGACCUUCCCACACAGUGCAAAAACGUUUAUAUCAAAUUGCACAGGUCUCGCAACUGCUCUGAAAAUAGAACAUAAUAUAAGUACCUUAAUUCUCCGAGUGGCUUGAUUAUCGACAGUCGUUGUUUUUAGAUGCCCACCUACAAAGUAUACAAUAUAUUAAUUUAAGUACUUAUCCAUUUUCGGUUUUAAUAAUUAAAAAUUAAAAAUUAUUUUAAACACCUGUGGCUUUACAAAUUGCUUACAUGCCGUGUGUUGCUAAUUUAAUUGAUUUAUUUUUUAACGGUGAUAAUAAUUAUUAAUAAUAAUUGUUCAUUGGAAAGUAUUUCACUGAUAUAGAAAUUGCAAUAAAUUAUAAGUCUGAGAUAAUGAAAAACCAUACCAUUUUAUAGCGUUUUAAACGAAUUUAUAAGUCUACUUAAACAUUUGUCUGUAGUAGGAAAUGGAUUUUCCCUCACGAAAAAACUCUCCAAAUGUCAAACUAUGUUUUAUUUCAACUUCGGUUCUUAUUAUCUAUUUAUUUUUAAUUAAUGUGCUGAUAAAACGUAUAAUGUGUAGCUAUAAUUAAUAUUAGUAUAAUUAUUAGAUCGUAAAUAUUUUACUGGAAUACAUGUGUCAAUAACUUAAUUUAUUCCAUAAUCUAUCUCUAUAAUAAUUACUAAAAUUACUAAAUAUUAUACAAUUAUUUGUCAUGACACCCAAUUUUUGUGUCUUCUUGCUCAAAUUAAUAUAUAUAUAUAUAUAUUUAUAGACUUGAUAUGAUUAUAUCAUUAGUUUAGCUAAAACGAUUUGCUUUUUAUUAUUAAUCAUCUGCGAAGUAAGAAAUAAAUAUAUAUUAAUCAGACACACCUAAAUAUCUACGUAAAUACGUAACUAAAUAAAUAGAUUAUUAUGCGAUCGGAAUAUGCAAAUAAUCGUAUUUAAAAUUAGUACAAAAUCGAUCACAUUAUACAUUGUUUAUGUAUAUUUUAGACAUGUAUUAGAGUACUUAACUGUUUUAUUUUACGUGCACGUUUUGCUGUGACAAUCUUAAAAUUUUAACAUCAUAACGCCCAACGGUAAAUUACAAUAGUAAUACUAAUAAUUAUUAAAAUUAUUAUCAAUAUCAUUAUUAUUAUUAUUAUUAUUAUUAUUAUUAUUAUUAUUAUUAUUAUGGUUAUUAUUAUUAUAAAUUUAACUAUUAAAAAUGUCUAAUGCAUUAAAUGACAAAAUCUUGAGUCGUCUUCCGGUUCAAAUAAAUGUCAUAAAACAAAAACAAAAAAAUAAAUGAAAAAUAUAUAGGUUAUAAAAUACUUAAAUUUCAUUUGAUAUAUAUAUAAAUUAUAUACUACAUUAUACAAUUUAGUAGAGAUAUCAUAGAAUAGCGAUUUGGAAUUAUUUAAUUUUCUUCGAUGAUGUUUCAUGAUUGAUCGUUAACAAACAAAGUGUUAAAUAAUAAAUUCAGCUCAAUUAAUUGCUUUAAUAAAUAAAAUAAAAGUAAAAUUAUUGUAAAUUAAAAAUACAUAAACUACGUUUGUUUAGAGCUAUACAUUGUUUACGUAAUAUAAACAAAACUAUUUUAUAAAAAUGGAAAUCAUUUUAAAAUUAAAUGUAAAAAUGAUUAUAAAAAAAGUUUUAUAUUAAAAAAAUAAAAUAAAAAACAUGUAAAUACCUACUUUGUUAUUUGUACGUUGUUAUUGAAUCUUGUUAACAUAAUUAUAAUUGAUUUUAUAUUACUGUAGCCCUUAGAAAUAAUAUGAAAUAUUAAUGUAUAGGUUUUGAGCAUUUUGUUAUGUCUUAAGACGUAAUUGAAUAUAAAACAACUAUAAGAGACUUAAACUAUGUGUAACAUGAAUUUGACAACUUUAUAUGCUUGAAAAUAUGUGUAAAAAACACAGUAAUCCAUAUUAUACAUCGUAUUGUAAGAACAUUUUACUAUAACAACAUUAUUAUAUCAAAUUGUUCUAAAACGGUAUUUUAUAUAGUCACUCUUGUCAGUAUUAUUUUUAUUAUUACCUAUUAUUACUUUUAUCGUCAUUAGUUCAAUUAGACAAAUAGUAAGAUUAGUAAAUUAAUUAAUUUAAUAUUUAGGUAAAAGAAAAGUAUCACGUCUUCAUUUAUACCUAUACCUAAUUGUUCGUCAGAUUUCAUAUAAUAUCUGGAUAUUUUAUUUUGAUUAUAUUUUAUUAUUUUAUUUUAUCUAAUUGUUAUUAUUGUUUAUUUGUUUAUGUUUAGAUAGGUACAGAACGCUCUGUUGUAUUACUUUUCCAGUCUUUAAUCUAAUAUUAUUAUUACGAAAAAUUACAAAAAAAAAAACAUACAUAGGAAAUAUAAUACAAAUAAGUCCCUAAUUAGACUUAGUUUGAUCAAUGAUUUAAUAUUGUGUGCCCUAAAACCAUAUUACUAUCAUAAAAUUUAAUUAAAAUUAUGGUCCUGCUCAUCUAGGCGCUGUUUUUUAAAUUGUUAAGCAAAAAUAAACGAUUAAAAAUAAAAACAUAUUACAUAAUUAUUAUGAAAUAAAAUUAAAUCCAUUUUAUUAUAAUAUAUAUAUAUAUUAUACAUGUGUUUAUAUAUAUUAUGUUAUAUUAUCGUUAAGUAAAAUACAAUAAUUUCGUAUUUGUUAUCAACUUAUCGGGUUAUAUCCAUUUAAAUUUUUAAACUUUUGUUUUUGUUUGUACGCCUGAGUUCAUCUUUCUCUGCCAUUUUUUAGCAGACAAUCAAAAAUAUUAAUAACAUUAAGAUUUGUUGCAAAUCAAAGGAAGUAUUUUCUUUUCUAUUAUUUAAAAAUUUUAAUCAUUGUUUUUGUAUUAUUCUAUUACCGUUACUAUUGCUGUAGGUUUAACGUUUCACUAAACUGUGCCACGUCUCUUUCUUAAAUUUUUAGAGUUUUAGUAAACAAUAACCGUUCGAUCGUGGUUUUGAAUAAUUUAUCAUUGUUCAAACCAAUAAAUAAGAGUAUAAGAAUGUUAAAUUGAAAGAUUAAUAAACAAUUUUAAACACACAUUUUGUUAUUUGUUACUAAUGGUUUCGUAUAGUCUUAUGACUUUUUCUCGAUGUUUUUUUUUUUUACCUAUAUAUAAAUGUCAUAAUAUGCUAAUAUUCUUAAAAUUGUUUAUAUCAUUAGAUUACAUAAUAUGUUUCGUUAAGUUUUUUUGUUUUUAUGUUAUACAAAAUUUGUUUAUUUUAUUUAUACAGUUGAUGUUUAUUUGUUUGUAAUUUCUAUGACAAAUCGUAAUGUGCGAUUUCAUAGGCCAAUAUAAUUUUAAAGGCCGAAAAAUAUCUAAUAUUAAUAAUGAUAUCCGUAAUGUUAUUAUAUUAUAUUGAUGAAACAAUACAAAAUGGUGUACCUACACAUAAUAUAGAUUUGCUCAUAGUAUUUGUUAACUCUUGUGUAAUGUAGAUGAUGUUUAAUUUCAAGCAAUUUGUACUUAUAAAUAUAAAAAGUUAUAAUUGUGAUUAUUAAAUCAUAUUAAUUUUAA